GGUAAGCUCAGGGGUUCAUGCGGGUGCUGCUGUGGCUCCUCCUCAGGGUUAUCCACUUUAAUUGACUUAUCUCAGCAGGCGGAGGCUGAUUUCCACCGCCGCUCGCAGACAGAGCAUCACUGUUUGUCCUGGACUCCUCGGCUGCUCACACAGCACUUGCUUCUGUGGCCUGUAGGCGAGGACCGGGAUCAAGGAGGACGCUGCAGCCGUACCACAGGAAUAGUCCUCUAAUUUCCACUUUCAAAGGGUAGAGGAGGUGACUCCAUAGACUGAAGCUGUGUGUAAAACACCCCUGUAUCCGACACUCCACGCUUUUAUAUAGCUCUAAAGAACACACAACACUAACAAUGGGAAACACCAAGAGUGGUGCUGUGUCCAAGGAGAUCCUGGAGGAACUUAAACUAAACACCAAGUUCUCAGAGACUGAGAUUGUCCAGUGGUAUGAAAACUUCAAGAAGCAGUGUCCAACAGGGCGCAUCUCGAAAGAGGAGUUUCAGGCCAUCUACAGCAAGUUCUUCCCGGAGAGCGACGCCCAAACUUACUCCCAGCACGUCUUCCGCUCCUUCGACACGAACGACGACGGCACGCUGGACUUCAAGGAGUACAUUAUCGCUCUCCACAUGACUUCAACAGGAAAGACCAACAGGAAACUGGAAUGGGCCUUCUCACUGUUUGACGUGGACAAGAACGGGUACAUCACCAAGGCAGAGGUCAAGGAGAUCUGCACUGCGAUUUUCAAGCUGAUCCCCAAAGAUGAACUGUCCGAUCUGCCCGAGGAUGAAAACAAUGCUGAGAAGAGGGCCGACAAACUCUGGAAGUACUUCAACAAGGGCGAGAACGAUCGAGUGGCAGAAGGAGAGUUUAUCAAGGGGGUGUUGGAAAAUGAAUCCGCCCUUCGCUUGAUUCAGUAUCAGCCGUCAAAGUAACUCCCCCCCCCUCCAUGCGUCCCUGCUCCCCUCUCCAGCUUUGUCUUUUUACUUUACUCUCCACUCUCACUCUCACCGGGACACCUGACCGUAUCUUCACACACACAUGUGAAAAUACAGCCGGUGUGACGAUGCCGCCCUGUCGCUUCAAAGUAAAUCACAGGAUCUCCUUUUUGUGUUUUUAUGACAUUUUUAACCCGUGUGUGUGUGCGCUGUCUUCUUUAUCAUACAGUGCACGUCAUCAAUGUUAAAGGUGAAAACCACAAAGCAGGAGUGAUUGCCUGACAGUUCACAUUCAGCUUCACAGGAUGUCCUAGUUGACAGCUGUGCGUUUACCGUGAAGUAGACAGCGAUAUCUCCCACCACUGAACAAACUGUGAAUACGAUUUUCCACUAAAGUUAGCUUUUUCACUGAAGUUGCAGUCACCGAAGCACAACAACAUCUCUGAAACUGUCAGUAGCUAGUUUAAAUUUAUUGCAACAUUUUAACCGUAAAGGUGUGUUUUAGCAACCCGAGCUACAUUUUUAACGCUAACAUUGUCAUGUGCUUUAGUCGAAGUAUUACUACCGUGUAUUCUUUUCUCUACUGAAUGAUUUUUAAACCACCGUGCAGAAAUGUCAUGUGUAAUCACCCCCCCUGGCUGUAGUUAAGGUGUGUUACUGUGUUCAACCCUUCAAUAUGCACAAUCCUUUAUUUGAUGUUUCAGUCGAGUCAAUCCAAGAAGGACGGUUUAUUCUAACGUAUAUAUAUAUUAUUAAAUCCCCUUCACAGUAAAUGCAAUAAUGUUAAAUCAUAAACUGUCAUACAACCAAAAGUGUCUGCUGUCUUUUUUUUUUUGACUCUUCUAUGUUGUUUAUGAAAUCUGGGAUUGUGGGACUGAGUGAGACCGGGAUGUGUUAAAUCCUGUUAAUGUGUGCUGUGUUGUGUUCGAUGUCUUUUCAAGUAUUUGGAGAAGGUAGAACAGUUUUCAUUGAGAUAAACAAUAAAGUUAUUUAAUCAGUCA